AUGUUUAACUUCAAAGAAUUUUUCUCCAACCGUGAGCGGGGCCAGUUCCCCGAGGUUGUGAUCCCUUUGGCCCGUGGCUCAGCACCGAAAACAGAUGACAGCCAGGACAAUGACUCAAGCAGCGGCCUUGAGAAAUCAUCUUCUGCCCAGGAGAAGGGCGCUGGUUCUCACACAACCACUACACUGACCCUGGAAGCUCUCCGAGCAGAGGUGGAAGCGGAUAUCUCUGCUUCCGGUCAUGACACUGCUUACGAUCGCAAGGCGAAAGUGAUUAAUCGAGCAGUCCAGGACAUUGGUAUGGGACGCUAUCAAUGGGGUCUCUUUGUCCUUUGUGGAAUGGGUUGGGUUGCAGACAACCUUUGGUUACAGGGAGUUGCCCUCACGCUUACCCCCAUUGCCAUGGAAUUUGGAAUCUCUGAAAAUGAGUCUCGCUUUGCUACAUGUGCCCUGUUUGUCGGUCUCAUUGUUGGUGCUUCUUUCUGGGGAAUUGCCUCCGACGCCAUUGGACGUCGUCCGGCUUUCAACAUGACUCUUUGCAUUUGCGGUACCUUUGGUCUUGCCGCCGGAGGUGGACCUAAUUGGAUUGGCACAUGUGCCUUGUACGCCUGCUUGGGUCUGGGUGUUGGUGGAAACCUGCCCGUCGAUGCGGCUGUCUUCCUCGAAUGUUUGCCGCCCAACUCAACUCAGAUUCUGAGUGGACUUGCUACGUGGUGGUCUGUCGGUACCUUGAUUGCUAGUAUGCUCGCCUGGGCCUUUAUCCCUACAUUCUCUUGUGAAUCCUAUGCCACAUGCACCAAAGCGAACAACUGGGGCUGGAGGUACUUGGUUCUCACCCUUGGUGCCAUCACCUUUGCUAUGUUCCUUUGUCGAUUCUUCCUGUUCACACUCUAUGAGUCUCCCAAGUUCCUGGUAUCUCGUGGUCGCCAAAACGAGGCUGUGGCUGCUGUUCACGGAAUCGCUCACAAGAACAAGACUACCACUUGGCUCACCGAGGACAUUUUGAACGAGAUUGGUGGAUACCCAGAGGAGAUCAAGGACAAGCAAGCCUUGUCAACCGGUGAAAUCAUCGGACGAUCCCUCGAAAGAUUCUCCGUUCAACAGAUCAAGCCGUUGUUCGCAACCAGACGCCUUGCCAUCUCGACCAUCCUGAUUUGGUUCUGCUGGACAUGCAUCGGAAUGGGUUACACCCUGUUUAACGCUUUCCUUCCUCAAUACCUGAGUGCCAACUCUACCACCUACAUCACCUAUCGCAACUACGCCAUCACAGCAGUCUGUGGUAUCCCAGGUCCACUUCUGGGUUGGGUUAUGGUUGACAUCAAGUACAUUGGCCGUAAGGGUACCAUGGCUGCGUCAACUCUCAUCACAGGCGUCCUGCUCUUCUGCUUCACUGCCACCAAGGACCCAAACAUUCAGCUUCUGUGCUCUUCUUUGGAAUCCUUCUUCCAGAUGAUCAUGUACGGUGUGCUCUACGCCUACACACCUGAGGUCUUCCCCGCACCAAACAGAGGAACGGGAUCUGGAAUUGCUAGCUGCUUGAACCGUAUUGCGGGUCUCAUGGCGCCCAUCAUUGGUAUCUACGCUAGUACUGAUCCUAUUGCCCCUAUCUACGCUGCGGGUGCGCUGAUUCUGGCUUCCUUUGUGGCUAUGUGUUUCCUACCAAUUGAGACACAGGGCAAGCAGGCCAUGUAA